GAAAGCGUUGUUCACACAGUCAAUCGUCAGUUCCCAGAUUUUUUCAAAGCUUUUGCAAAAUAGUACGACAGUCGAUACUGUCACUAGUGUUCUGCAGAAACUGCGUUACAUUAUUUCAACAAAGAUGGGACAAAGAAGAAAGGUGGUGAAAGAACCACGGAAGGCAGAUGGUUCAGACUAUGAUAGUGACGAUGAACGGGCCUAUAAGAAGCUCCCUGCACCAGACCCUGAUGCACCAGACUACUUUAUGGAUGAAGUGGAUGAGUUCAAUGAGAAUAAAGAUAAAAUCUUAUUGGAAGGGUACAAUAAAGAAGAUGAGGAUAGUGAUUCGGAGGAUCAGGAGGAUCUAUUUUCCCUGGACUACUCUGACUCUGAUGAUGGUACUAUUGAGAAGCAUCUGCGUACCUUCAAGAUGCAGCAACACCUUGAAGAGAUUGCCAGCGACGUUGAGGAUGAGGGCCAGGAAUCCAAGUCAGGCAUCCCAGAUGCAAAAGCAUGGGGGAAGAAAAAAAAAGAAUUUUACCAUACAGAUUAUGUUGAUGACGAUCUACCAGGAGUAAGUGGAUCAGAGGAAGAGGAAGCUCAGGAUGAAGAAGAGAGAGAAGCUUUAGCCAUACAGCAAAGGAUGUCUCAGAUGAUGCAGGAAACGGACUUUGAUCUGCAACUGUUUCAAGAAUCAAAAACACUUGAAAAGAAAACCUUGGAAUUUGAAGACAAAACUGAAGAACGAGUCAUUAAGGAUCUGAGUAAAUUGUCUAAGAGAGAUAAACUGGCGAUUUUGAAGAAAGAAUCUCCUGAAUUUGAGGAACUUGUGGAAGAUUUCAAGGCCAAGGUGAGGACACUGAUUAAAUUGUUUCCACUUCGUGACAUGGUAGAGGAUGGACGCAUUCCUCAAGGACUGGGUGCCGACUACAUUUAUACAAGGUGUAAGCUGUACAUUAACUACUGUAUUAACAUCAGUUUCUACAUAUCGCUGAAAGCCAAGCAUGUUCCUGUACAUAAUCAUCCAGUAAUUGGUGUCAUUCUUGAACAUAAAAAGCUAAUGAAACAAUUGGAACCACUUGACCAGCAGUUGGAAGCAGAGAUUGAAGAGCUUCUAGCUAUAACACAACAAGAUCCAUGCAUCGAGAAUGCCAAUCAAUCUCCAGGAUCACCAAUGCAAACAAGUGAUGAAGAUAGCAGUGAAGACGACAAUGAAGAAACAGAAAAUGUUAAAUCAAACAUCAAAACCAAAGAUGUAAAGAGAAACUCUAAGAAAAUGUCUUCAAGAAAGAGUGUACCUGCCACUGAGGCAGUGGAGAUGGAUUCAAGUAGGAAAGAGCAAUCAUUGAAGACACAUGAUAGAAGACUAACGACUGAUGAACAGAAAGCACUAGAGUAUUAUGACAAGAUGGCAAAGGAAAUUGAAGAGCGGAAACUUGAAAGAAGGAGGCAACAGAAGGAGUUGGACGGUAAAGUUCAAUUUGAUGAAGUGCAGCAAGAGGAGGAAAUGGAAGAUGGCAAACGAGCCAUCACUUAUCAAAUUUCCAAGAACAAAGGACUGACACCACAUAGAAAGAAGGAACAGCGCAAUCCCAGAGUCAAGAACAAAAUGAAGUUCAAGAAAGCUAAAGUCAGACGCAAGGGACAGGUACGAGAGGUGCGUAAGGAAUUAGUACGCUAUGGUGGUGAGGCGUCUGGGGUCAGAGCUGGAGUCAUUAAAAGUAUCAAGAUUAAGUAAUUGGACAUCGUUUUGUCCAGAAAUAAAGAAAUGUGAACAAAGAACUCAAGGGUCUACCGUACUUAGAGCACAUUUUAACGCGCAGUGCCGCAGUCACUCGAACGACUCGUUAGGAAGCCUAGUCAACCAUCGGUACUGCGGUAUUCAACAAUCCAUUGCCUUCUGCCUUUUAGCUAUAGUGUCACUGGUUCCCUUCUGAGCUUUACACAUAUUAUUAUGGCACAGAAUAACAGGACCAGUUAAGAAACCUUGGUCCUGAUGCUGGUUCCAACCUUGGUCCUGAUGCUGGUUCCAAAUGGUCGAACACAGUAAUCAACCAAUGGUCGACUAGCCUGGGUUCAAGUCAAGAUAGUCAAGCUUUAG